AUUAAAAUUUAUAAACAUGGUUAUGUUGAUAUCAAAAGUAACAAGAACAUUUGAUUUGGAAUGAUCAGUUUUGUUGUCUCUGUCUUACUUUUUACAAAUGCAGUAUGCCGUUUAGCGGAUGGUCCUGGUGUUUGCAAAAGACAGGAAAUGAUCACAAUGAACAUACAAAUGCAACAGGUGAAAACAUUUUGUUGUGAAGGCUAUAAAGAAGAAAACGGUACUUGUGUUGACUGUGCAGGAUGUACUUCUAUGAUAUGUCCUAAGAACUUUUGUGGUGAUACAUGUAUAGAGAUGUGCAAUUGUCCUGAUUAUGCAUACUGUGAUAAACGUUAUUGCUGUCUUUGUAGACCUGGCUUACACGGAGUCUACUGUAAUGAAACAUGCACACAUGGCUUUUACGGACUAGGAUGUAAUAACAAAUGCAAGUGUCAUAAUCUGAAUAAAUGUGACCAAGUCACAGGAAACUGUACCUCUUAUACCUCAACUACCUCAACGAUAUGUCCACCUGGCACAGCUUCUAACAAAUAUUUGGACAGCUGUGCUGGCAGCAACAACAGUAACAGUUUGUUACAUGAUGACAGGAGUGAGACAUCAGGCAAGUUUCAAGCAGAAUAUUUUCUGUAUUGGGUAUAA